CCACCAAGAUGAAAGUCGCCAUUGUUCUUCUAGCCUGUGUGGCUGCAGCUUUUGCCCAGCAUCAUAAUGGAGGGAUGGGAGACCUCAUUCACCACGAGGUCGUCGCCCUCAUCCAGGCUGACCCCAACCUCACCGUGGACAACUGUGUGACCAAGUGCGACGCUCUCUUUGACCUGAUUGACCAACACGAUGAAGACCGCACGGACGACAUGUGCAAACACGCCUGCGACUGUGAGAUUAACAAGACUUGUGACCAUCACAUGCAUGUUACCCACCCGACCCACCACCCACACCCCACCCACCCGUGAAGACAAAUGUUAAAAAAUGGGAGAGCGUGGGUGUGAAGAGUAUUCAAAAUAAAAUGGAAAAAUUUCCCUUAGAGUUGAUGUCA